AUGGCGUCUAGACUACGACAAUCCGUUGCGUUUCUUCCGUUGAAGGAUUUGAGAUAUGCUCAAACAGCUCAUCAAGGUCAUACUUGGUUCAUGUCUUCCAUGUAUGAUACACAUGAAGAAGGUGAAGUUCAGUACCAGAAAUUUCCAUCAAAUGCAUCAAAAGGAAGGUUACUUUGUAUAAUGGGACGUGAUGGUCACGACGGGUCAUGGAAUUCUUACGCCUUGGCUUUUCCAGAUGCCUUGCCAGAAAAUGCUACACUUUUCAGAGGACUAACAUUUGUUUCGUAUAAUCAUUAUAAUUAUGGUAAUAUUUGGCAUGGGUUAUCAGCCCUUUUUCCAUUUGUAGCUUGGCAUAGAAGAGUCGGUGAGUGCUCGUUACCCGCACGAUGGAUUUUGUAUCAUUGGGGUGAACUAAGGAGGGAUAUGAGCGUUUGGUUAAAAACAUUAUUGAAAGCUAGUUUUAAUGGGCAAGUUCAUAUUGAGACAUUUGACGGGUUGAAAAAUGACCAACCGGCUUGCUUUGAAGAAGCUGUUGUUAUGAGGCAUAAUGAAGGUGGACUGUCUAGGGAAAGAAGAAUCGAAGUUUAUGAUUUGUUGAGGUGCAAAGCUAGAGCGCAUUGUAAUGUGAGUUUGGAACGAACGGAUUCACAAAUCGGGUUGACAAUGUUUAUGAGAACCGGAGCAAGAUCGUUUAAGAAUCAGUCUAUGGUUAUUGAGAUAUUUGGAAGAGAAUGUGCUAAGGUUGAAGGUUGCAGAAUAAAAGUUGCUUACUCCAAUAACCUUACCUUUUGUGAGCAGGUAAGUUUGAUGAGUUCCACCGAUAUCUUGGUAUCUCCGCACGGAGCACAGCUAACAAACAUGUUCUUCAUGGACAAGAAUAGCAGCGUAAUGGAAUUCUUCCCGAAGGGUUGGCUCAAACUAGCUGGUGUAGGGCAAUACGUUUAUCACUGGAUAGCUAGUUGGUCCGGAAUGAAACAUCAAGGUGCAUGGAGAGAUCCAUAUCCAGACCCUGAUCAGCCACAAUGUGAAUUCCAAGAAGAUGACCCCCGCUGUAUGAAGAUUUACAAAGGUGCAAAGAUCGGUUAUAAUGAGACGUUUUUCGCUGAAUGGGCUACAAAUGUACUUAGUGAAGUGAAAAAGAGCAAACAAGAUCGUUCCUCAAGUAAAACUCAUUUGGGGAUGGAUAAUAAGCUGCAACAACUUCAUGCAAGCGGAUGUGCUUGUGGUUAA